GAGUGCACACGUAUGUCUUUGCGUCCCGAACACGAGAAACUUUACUACGACUCCGAUGCGACAUUGUGAUUGAUGGACUGUUAUCAAACUAUAGUGAACUUGUGAUUAGAAUAUUUUGAAUUAAUCGGUUGAAAGUUUUACGAUAAGUGUUGUGAAAAAAGUGCAAGAUGCUUGUGGAAGAUUCUCAAUCUGCCCGUGCGUUGAUGUCGAAGAAAUAUGCGCAUUGCCCGCUGAAGAAGCGGCCGGUGCUGGUGCGGGAGGAGCGGCCGGCGACACCGCCCACUACGCCGCCUCACCCCGCCCACCUGGCUACGCGGCUAUAUUACGAUUAUCAUUGUGACACAGAAAAUGACGAGCCACAAAAUUUAAGCACAAAGCCUGAAGAUCUAUCAAAAACCGGCAAUUACCCCAGCAAAGCAAUGUCACCCGUUGCUACUGCGGCCAUUAAAGUAGAGCCAAAAGAGUGGUCUCAGCAGCACCUGGACUACCUAGCAGCGUGUCGGGCCAGAUUAGAGCCCAUGGCUACAGAACUUCCUCGACCAACACCACAUUACGCGUAUUUGCCCACCCUCUACCCAGCAUAUCCCUUGGAGGAGCUUUACCCCGCCGCGCCAGCUCUCUCUCCACCGGUGCACCCACAACUGUACACCAGAUAUUCACCCGCCUCGCCACCUUCCUCUUGUUCGCCGCCGCCAUGCCCUGAAGAUCUCCGCUCGCCGGGAUCUGUCUCCUCAGACUCUGGAGUCUCCGUGUCUGCACCCCGUCGUCCCCGUUAUCAGUGCCCUGAUUGUGCAAAAUCAUAUUCUACAUAUUCUGGCCUUUCAAAGCAUCAACAAUACCACUGCGCAGCUGCCGAAGGAAGUCUUGCCCGGAAAUCUUUCAGCUGCAAAUAUUGCGCGAAAGUGUACACAUCACUGGGUGCUCUCAAAAUGCACAUCAGGACCCACACGUUGCCUUGCAAAUGUCAUUUAUGCGGCAAGGCUUUCUCGCGACCAUGGUUGUUGCAGGGCCAUAUUCGCACCCACACCGGUGAAAAACCAUUUUCUUGCCACCAUUGUCGCCGCGCAUUCGCCGACAGAUCCAACCUUCGUGCACACCUACAAACUCACUCAGACGUUAAGAAGUACUCUUGCACGGGAUGCGGGAAAACGUUUUCUCGUAUGUCAUUAUUGAGCAAGCAUUUAGAAGGCGGAUGCGGUGCCCCAGUUGCGUCUCCUUAUGAAUAUCGUUCAGAAGCAAUCCCCUCGUCUCAUGCGCAUCAGCAACUUCCGUCUCACGCCACCGUUCAUGCUUAUUGAUAGACUGAAUACCGUAGUAUCCUCGAUCUCGAAUUAUUUAAAUUAAGUUCCACAAAGAACACUUACUAAUGUAUACAAGACCCGAUUAUUUUUAAAUAAAUUAUUCAUGUACAUUUUCAACGUUAAACUUAUGUGCUAUUAUACAUAUUGAAGUUGUUAUUAUGUGUAUUAGAAGGGACCAAUGUAUAAUAAGUGACUUAGAUGUAAGGUAGCGUAAGUAGUUUUUAGAUAUAUUUUUGUUUAGUCGCGCUGUUAUAGCGGCAUCGCUAGUCAUGUGGCAUUUGCCGAGUGUCAUACACUUUUAUAUUAUGCAUAUAUUCAUAUCCUAAGCCAUGUACAAAGUGCCUUAAUUAUAAAUAAUUAAUAUAUUCGUAAAACAAAUUAUAACAGUUGUAGGAUUACUAUUUUUAUUAUUUAAUAAGAUUUAUAAACACAAACCUAUUCAUGAGGCUGUAAAUUAUAAAACCGUUGUCGAUAUGCGUUCCUUUCUGUUACCUCCGAGGAAAAUAAAAAAGAUUUA